AUGUUCCGCACCGCCCUCCUCCGCGCUACGCGAGUCGCCGCACAAUCUGGUGCCCGCGCUGCUCCAGUCGCUCGCACAGCUAUUCGCAGCCCCUUCAUCACAUCCCGAAUCUCCAGCCCAGCGACCAGAAUCGCUGCGAUACGGUGUUAUGCCAGCUCAUCGGGACUUGGACAAGAGGAGGUUACUGGCCGUAUCUUGGACCUUCUGAAGAACUUCGACAAGCUCUCUGCGUCCUCGCACUUCACGAACGACCUUGGGUUGGACAGUUUGGAUACCGUCGAGGUGGUGAUGGCAAUAGAAGAGGAGUUCAGCAUUGAGAUUCCAGACAAAGAGGCCGAUGCCAUUCACAGCGUGACCCAAGCCGUAGACUACAUCCUCAAGCAGCCAGACGGUAGGUACACUUGCUGUGAAGAUUACAAGAGUCGUGCUAAUGGUUUACAGCUCACUAGAAGACAUCAAUGGCAGAAGAGGAAGUGA